AUGCGAUGCUUGGGUCCAGAUAGGACCAAGGAACCUCCUCCCAGCAAAGAUGGGGAGGAGGAGCCACCAGUUCUGACCACAAAACCUCUUCAUGAAGUGAAAAUCGACCAUAAGAAGCCAGACCAAACAACAAAGGUAGGAUCCAGACUUACAGAAGAGGAAAAACUAGAGUUGACUGAUUUCUUGACUCGGAACGCAGAUGUAUUUGCAUGGAGCCAUUCAGAUAUGCCAGGGAUAAAUCCUUCUGUAUCCUGUCAUUCCCUCAAUGUAGAUCCGAACGUAAAACCAGUAAAGCAGAAACAGAGAAGAUUUGCUCCAGAACGAAAUCAGAUUAUAACUGAGAAGGUUGAUCGGUUGCUCGAAGCAGGAUUCAUCAGAGAAGUUCAGUACCCAGCCUGGCUCUCUAAUAUUGUUGUAGUGCAGAAAAAGAAUGGGAAAUGGAAGGUGUGUAUCGACUUCACUAAUCUGAACAAAGCUUGCCCAAAGGAUAGUUUCUUAUUGCCAAGGAUUGAUCAAAUGGUAGAUGCCACCACAGGAUACGAGCGAUUAACCUUCCUGGAUGCUUAUUUCGGUUAUAAUCAAAUCCCCAUAGAUCCAGUUGAUGAAGAGAAAACUUCUUUUGUUACUGAACGAGGGACUUAUUGCUAUAAAGUCAUGCCAUUCGAAUUAAAAAAUGCUGGAGCUACUUAUCAGAGGUUGAUCAGCAAGAUUUUUAAAAGGCAAAUGGGAAGAACUGUCGAGGCUUAUAUUGAUGAUAUCGUGGUCAAGAGUAAGAAGAAGAACGAUCAUUUAGCGCACCUGCAGGAUAUGUUCGAUGUGUUGCGCCAAUAUAGGAUGAAGCUUAAUCCAGCCAAAUGUUCAUUUGGAGUAAGCUCUGGUCAAUUUCUGGGACAUAUGGUCAAUCAUAGAGGAAUUGAGGCCAGCCCAGUGCAGGCAGAAGCCCUGAUCAGAAAUGCAGAGCCAAAGACGAUUAAGGAGGUGCAGGCACUCACAGGUCGAAUAGCUACGCUGAGCCGAUUUAUUUCCAAGCUUUCGGACCGCUGUACCACGUUGAGCCAAGCGAUAAGACUUGAGUUCAACGCAACCAACAACGAGGCAGAAUACGAGGCGUUGAUAGCUGGGCUGAAGUUGGCUAAAGAGCUAAAGAUCAAAAAUCUGAUUGCUUAUAGUGAUUCACAACUAAUCAUUCGGCAAGUCACUGGGGAAUAUGGGACCAAAGAUAAGACCAUGGAAGCAUACCGAACUGCAGUUCUGCGUAAGGCGAAAGGUUUUGAUCAGAUCAGGUUCAUCCAAUUGCCGAGAGAGUAUAACGAAGAUGCCGACCGCUUGGCCUAUAGUGCGUCCAGUUCUGGAGAGACUUUGGCUAGGGUUAUCCCGGUUGACGUGCUGGUCCAGCCUUCCAUUUUUAACGAGCUGCCUGAUCCGAGCGCUCAACACAUUAAUGUUAUACCAUAUGAGCCGAGCUGGAUUGAUCCGAUCAUGGCUUUCAUAUGUAAUGGUGUAUUACCCGAGCAGAAGGACAAGGCAAGAAAAAUCAGGUCCAAUGCCGCAAAGUAUGCCAUUGUGCGUGACCAGUUGUAUAGGCGGUCCUUUUCGGGUCCAUAUUUGAAGUGUGCUACCCUAACAGAGGCUAGACAGAUUAUACGAACCAUUCAUGAAGGAGUAUGCAGAAAUCAUUCAGAAGGAAGAUCUUUGGCACACAAAGCAAUGACACAAGGGUACUUUUGGCCAAACAUGGCACGGGAUACAGAAGAAUUCUCCAGAAGAUGCGAUAAAUGCCAGAGGUUCGGGCCGUUGAUACACCAACCACUUGAAGACCUGCACGUAAUGGCCACCCCAUGGCUUUUCACGCAAUGGGGGAUAGAUGUUGUUGGCCCUUUACUGACCGCAAGAUCGCAGAAUAAGUACGUUAUGCUAGCAACUGAUUACUUCACUAAAUGGGUAGAAGCAGAGCCGCACCCUAGUGUCACCUAA